AUGUGUCCACAGGAGAGUCGUUUCGGUUCACCGAUAAUGAGCCCGCGAGGCAUCCCCAGCUCAGAUCCGAAUGACACAGAAGACAGUGGUACGGUAGUAUUAAUAGGUGAUUCUCCUUUCAGUAAUAUCGACUCUCCAAAUACCCCUGUUGAUCCUAACACCGAUGAUUUUGUGAGUCAGAAUCCGCACAACGCCGAGCAGAUUCGUAGCACUUUUCGUUAUGAACCAGUAGAAUGGAUUGAUGAAUGA